UAAGAAAACACAUGCAAGGAAGGUCAGCUGCUGUAAUUUAGACAAGUGAAUCAUGAAUACUGGUUGAUUGCUACAAAGCACUGCUGAAAGUAAGCUUCUCUAGAGAACAGCCUGCCAGUUUGGGGUCAUGGAGACUCUCAGGGCAAUAGAUCUGAGUUUUCUGACAGCUGAAGAAGAGGAAUUUAUCAAAGAAGUGUUAAACAGAGAUGCCAACCUGAGGAAAUGUGAGGAGAAGAGAAUUCGAAGAAUUAAGAAGACUAUAAGAGAUCCUGAAUGCUUAAAACUAAGAACUGGUCAGUGGUUUGAAGACUUAAAAUCAAAACGUUACCUUGAACAUUCAAGUGCCACUGACCUGAUAAAAUAUGCUAUUCAAAAGGAAAAAAAUACAGGGCUAUUGAUAUCACUGAGAAAGUCUUGGUUGUCAAAAGCAAAGAGCUGUACAGCACUGGAAAGAAUGUUUAAAGAGGUAACACCACCUCCAAUACAAGUGACAAGGUACUGGUACGCAAGGGGCUCUGAAAGAAAACCAUCUGGCUCUGUUCCUGUAGAAGAGCUUAGCAUCACACAGGUUUUGAAAGAUCUGGAGCUAGUUCUGGAACUAGAGAUAGCUAAAGAUGAGAACCGAACUCCAACAGAAGAGGCUACUUUUUCCAGUAAAACAGAUGACUGCACACUAGUGGAAAAUACAGGUCACUCUGGACAAUCGGACAUUCUAACAUCUGUAUCUCCUACAGAAAUAAAACAUUACAGGCCUGAAAGUCAUUUCUCCUAUGACAAUAAUGUAUGCCUAAAAGGAGAGAACUUAAUCCAUGGCAAGCCUUUCAUUGUUGGAUCACAAGCAAUAAGUUCAACAGAGCUGCAAUUUUUUGAAGACUUUUCUGUUCUUAAAGACACUAAAGGGAAUAAUAGCCCAUGUUGCUCUUCACCAUGUUUGCCAGAAGAAAUUAACAUUUUCCAAGAAACUGGUGCCAAAAAUGAGAAAUGCAUAAGUCCUAUCCGUGAAACUAUAAAGGAGCCCUUAGUAUCAAGUGAAAAUGUUGGAAUCGAUUGUAAUUCAGACUCUGAUGAAUGUUCUUCAGAAGACAAUGAGAGCACAAUCGAGCAACCGACGCUGCUGGCAGUCGCUUUAUCGUGUUUUCCAGAAGAUGUUGGCACAUUGCAGACUACUACAGACUGGAAACUCCAGCAUCAGCUCCAACAUUGUAAGAAAAUAAUUGCAUCUUUGCCACAACUUGAAGACCCUGCUGAAAGUACGGUGAAGGAAAAUCUUGACGUUGAUGCAACAUCUUAAAAUGCCAGCAAUUUGUAUGCUCAAUCUCCACAAAAAGACAAUGUACGCUUUAGUCCCAGUACUGCUGCCAAUGUUCACUUUAUAUAUGAAUUUUGAGCAGCCCCUAGGAUCCAAAUACAACUGAUUAAUCAAUGUCCCCUCUACUGACUGCAAUGUCAACAUAUCUUUGUGUUUAGAACAUGAUUGGGUUCAAGGUUAUAAGAAUGAGCUGGAAAUAUAAAGUGUAUCCAUUAAUCUCCCAGUUAGCAGCAUUUCAGGCUACAAAUGUUGCAAGACAUUUUUGACAUUAAUCUUGUAUUUGUGAUUUCCUUUGUAAAUGUUUAAGGGAGAUUAUUAAAGAAAGCAUAGGAAUCUGAA